UCAUAGCGGCAUUCCAGGGUUUCAUGGCGGAUUCUGAUGAAGAUCGAGGAAACGCGACCCUCCACCAGAAUCAGCCUUAUGAUGAAUCUCUAGAAGUUCCUGAUUCCGAGGAAGUUGCAAGCACAUACACACCUAGUCCAAGAGUACCUUUUGGUGACCGCGGUCAUAGCCGUGGAAACACCCCACCCGAGUCCGGAAUGAGUGACAAUUUUGACGAUGAGUUUGAUACUGGACAGCCCAGUCCACAGGUAAAUCCAAGGCAGCAACAACAGCAGCAUGAGCAGCAACAACCUGCUUACAAUGAAGAUGGAGAUGAAGAUGACAGCGAGGAGGGAGAUGAAACGGACCAGGAUGAUGAUGAUGAAGAUGAUGAUGAUGAUGAUCAGGGUGUGCAGAUGGAAGGACAGACGCCCCGAGCUGUCCCCUCUUUAAACAGGGACGACUUGGGGAGGAGUGACGAUGAUGAGGAUGGGGAAGAAAGUGAUGAUGAGGAGGAGGAUGAUAACUUAGGGAUGCAAGCUGUGGGAGCCUAUGACCCAGCAGACUAUGAGCACCUAGCUGUCACCCCAGAGAUCAAGGAGUUGUUUCAAUACAUCACUCGCUAUACCCCGCAGACCAUUGAGUUGGAACACAAAAUGAAACCGUUUAUACCAGACUACAUCCCGGCUGUGGGGGAUAUAGAUGCUUUUAUCAAGAUUCCUCGCCCAGAUCUGAAGCCAGAUAACCUGGGACUGACUGUACUUGAUGAACCCUGUGCCAAGCAGUCUGACCCCACUGUCCUUGACCUUCAGCUGAGGGCUAUCUCGAAGCAGACCAACCUCAAAGCUAUGGUUGUUAAAAGUUUAGAAAAUGCUGAAAAGAACCCCAAGGCUAUUGACAGCUGGAUCGAGAGUAUCAAAGAGCUGCACAGGUCCAAACCACCACCUACUGUACAUUAUACAAAAGGAAAUAUGCCAGAGAUUGAUGCUUUAAUGCAGGAAUGGCCAGCAGAACUGGAGGAGUUGCUGAAGGAGGUGAGCCUGCCUCCUGCUGAUCUGGACUGUGAUCUGGGGAUGUAUGUGGACAUUAUAUGCUGUGAGUAG